AUGUCUGACACUGAAGAUUUAUGUCACCACAUGAAAGUAGUUGUUCGUGUGCGUCCUGAGAAUACAAAAGAAAAGGCAGAUGCAUUCCGUAGAGUGGUGCAUGUUGUGGAUAAACAUAUACUCGUUUUUGAUCCAAAACAUGAAGAAGUCAGUUUUUUUCACAGAGCGAAAACUACAAAUUUUGAUAUUACUAAAAAACAAAAUAAAGAUCUUAAGUUUGUUUUUGAUGCUGUUUUUGAUGAAACAUCAACUCAAAUGGAAGUUUUUGAACAUACAACCAAGCCAAUUCUUCAUAGUUUUCUCAAUGGAUACAAUUGCACAGUACUUGCAUAUGGUGCCACUGGAGCUGGAAAGACUCACACAAUGCUGGGAUCAGCUGCUGAACCCGGGGUGAUGUACCUAACAAUGUUAGCCCUUUUCAAGUCCAUGGAUGAGAUUAAAGAAGAGAAGGUGUGCAGCACUGCCGUUUCUUAUCUGGAGGUGUAUAAUGAACAGAUUCGUGACCUCUUGACAAAUUCAGGACCACUUGCUGUCAGGGAAGACACGCAAAAAGGAGUGGUUGUGCAGGGUCUCACUUUACACCAGCCUAAGUCCUCAGAGGAAAUAUUACAGCUACUAGACAAUGGAAACAAAAACAGGACACAGCAUCCCACUGACAUGAAUGCUACAUCUUCUCGUUCUCAUGCUGUUUUCCAGAUUUAUUUGCGACAACAAGACAAAACAGCAAGCAUCAAUCAAAAUGUCCGUAUAGCCAAAAUGUCACUCAUUGACCUUGCAGGAUCUGAGCGGGCCAGUACUUCUGGUACUAAGGGGACACGAUUUGUAGAAGGCACAAAUAUUAAUAAAUCCCUUUUAGCUCUUGGGAAUGUCAUCAAUGCCUUAGCAGAUACAAAGAGAAGGAAUCAGCAUAUUCCUUACAGAAAUAGUAAGCUUACUCGCUUGUUGAAGGAUUCUCUUGGAGGAAACUGUCAAACUAUAAUGAUAGCUGCUGUUAGUCCUUCCUCUUUAUUCUACGACGACACAUAUAACACUCUUAAGUAUGCUAAUCGUGCAAAAGAAAUUAAAUCUUCUCAGUUGAAGAGCAAUGUUCUUAAUCUCAGCAGUCACGUAUCUCAGUAUGUAAAGAUCUGUAACAUGCAGAAAGCAGAGAUUUUAAUGUUGAAAGAAAAACUAAAAGCCUAUGAAGAACAAAAAGCCUUGACUGACAAAAAUGAUUCUGCAAAAUUAGUGCAAUCAAACACUCAAGACAAAGAAAUUGAAAGAUUUCAAGAAAUUCUGAACUCCUUGUUCCAGAAUCGAGAAGGAAUCAGGCAAGAAUAUCUGAAAUUAGAAAUGUUACUUAAAGAAAAUGAACUAAAGUCAUCCUAUCACCAAGAGUGCCAUAAACAAAUAGAGAUGAUGUGUUCUGAAGACAAAGUAGAAAAGGCCACUUGCAAACGAGAUCAGAGACUUGAAAAGUUGAAAACUGUUCGCAGUUUCCUAGAGAAAAAGAAGGAAGAGACGUUGAAACAAUUUGAGGAAAAUACUAUGUGGCUACAUCGAGUGGAAAGUGAAAUGGGACUCUUAGGUCAAAAUGGCGAUAUUCCAGAGGAGCUCAAUAAAGAUCUUCAUUGUCACCAUUUACACCUCCAGAACAAAGACCUCAAAACACAAAUUGGACACAUGAUGGCUCUAGCUUGUCUCCAAGAACAGCAGCACAGGCAGACUGAGGCAGUAUUGAAUGCUUUGAUUCCAGCACUAAGGAAACAGUAUUGGAGGUUGAAAGCAACUGGCCUGUCAAAUGCUGCUUUUGAUUCUGACUUCAAAGACAUUGAACAUUUAGUAGAGAGGAAAAAGAUGGUGGCUUGGGCUGACCAAACUACCGAACAUUCAAAUCAAAAUGAUCUCCCAGGGAUUUCUCUUCUUAUGACCUUCCCACAGCUUAGACCAAUUCAGUCUAUUCCUUGUUGCACAUCCUUGAGUGAACCUAACUUGCUUAAAAUUACUCCACAAAAAAGAGCCAGAAGAAAAUUAAUUCCUUGUUCCUUGAAAGUAAAACAUACUCAGAAGUCUACAUUUUCUGAAAGUACACAGCUCAAUAAUUCUUUCAGCAAAGAACUUCAGCCUAUUGUUUAUACCCCAGAGGACUACAGAAAACCUCAAGAGCCGUCUCCAACCUUAACAAGACCUUUGCCACAUACUGCAGGUGUAAUCAGUGACAAUUCCCUGAAAGCACUGUGUAAAGUAGACUCUCCUCUCAGCAGCAGAACCGAGGGUGAACAGGGUUUAGACUCUACAGUGAUUAUAUGUGAUGACAUCAAGAGCUCGAGGAAUCAAUUGCCUGAACAAGAAUCACUACCAAGCAGCAAAAGCAUUUUGCAGAGGCUUGAGUCUUCUUCAUUUUCAACUAAGGAUUCUAGGACUGUAUCAACAAGUGUACCAUCCUACAUGGCAAUGACAACUGCUGCAAAGAGGAAAUGGAAACUAACAAGUUCUCCAUCAAAUGCUCCAUUAAAAUCCAACGAGAAUCAUGGAUGUGCCAAACGCAUUCGAAAAGAUAAUUCAAGUGAUAAGAUCUUGCAAGAAAACAGACCAACAGUAGGCUACAGAAGAACCACCAACAAAGUAAAUUCGAAUGUGCUUAGAAAAUUUAGAAGAAAUACUUCAAAAGAAAAUGUACGAUGAAAAUUGUAAAUGUCUUUUGCCUGCUAUUUGUCCCUUCAGAAAUGUAUUUCAAGUCUGUGAAAGAAAGCCAUCUAAAACCGUUUACUCAAAUAUUUUCAGCAAGCAAAAUGAAACUUCUUUUGUAUUUAAAAUAAAUAUAAAACUACAACAGGCCAUGUUUUCCAUUUCUCCAAUAUUUGUUACUCUUGAAAAAUCUCUGUCAACAUGAUGUCGGUUUAGUUUUAUUUUACUACAGCUUGAUUUAGGACAUUGUAGAAAAAAUAGAGAAUAACAUUGCCCUUAUAAUUUUCAAAAAUGGGAGACUUUAAAAGUCAUAAAAUUAGGGAGAAGAUUUAUUUGGUCUUCUAUUGUGUGACAAUAUGUUUUAUUCAUUCAUGUGAUUUUGCUUUCUAAAACUUUGGUGUAAAAAUAUAGAUAUAUGUGUCCGUAACAAUACUAUAAGGUAUUGUUUAAAUA